AUGGCGCAAGAAAAUGCCAUAACAUUUUACAAUUUUAAAUUAAUGCAAAAGGCAUUUACUGCGUGGCAAUGUUGGUACAAUAAAAGGAUAGAAAAUGCUGUAAGAAUAUGUAAAAUUCAAAGCAUAUUUGAAAGUACAAAAAAACUUCAAGUAUUGAACAAUUGGCGUUUAUAUGUAUUUACAAAGAAAUGCAAAAGAAGAAAAGUGUUUAUGUCACAGAACUUCUAUAAAAAGAAUUUAGCAAUUAAAGUUGUAAGAAAACUUCAUAGUUAUGCUAUUUAUAAAAAGGAGAAACGAAUUAAAUUGCAUUAUUUAGAUGAUAAAAGUAAAAAUAUUAUUCAGAAACUGCAAUAUAUUUACAUAGAAAGAUGGAGGCUAGCGCUUUGUGCUGCUGUACAAGAGAAACAAAAAUUAAGUCAAGCUAUGCAAUUUUGGGAAUUAAAUUUAACUCGUAAAUAUUUCUUCCAUUGGAAAGAUUUUUCUCAGCAAUAUAAAAUAAAAAUGCUUCAUAAACAGAACUUGUAUGCAGUAGCUACAGGUUUUCUGUUGAAAAGAUUUAUUCUUCGUUGGCAUGAUAAAUUGAAAGAUGUUCUUGUUGUACGUAAAAAAGAGUCCUUGGUGAUUUCCAUGAUAGAACAUAAAAUGAUGAGAAAGUGUAUCGUAUCAUGGAAACAAUAUGUUGCAAGAAAACUAGAAACGAAAAGUCAUAUUGAAAUGGCAAAAGAACUCCAUAAGAAAUUUUUACUACGUGAAGGGUUGAAAGAAAUUUUAAGAAAUUCUCUUCACAGUAUUGAUGAUAAAUAUGAUAUGCAAUUGGAAAAUGUAUUAACGAGAUCAUUUACAAAUUUCGAAAUUCUGAAAGAAUAUUUUGAUAGGUGGUACUUUGUAAUUUAUUCAAAGAAUCAAUCUAAACCUUUAUGCCAAAUUAUAAACGAUACUUCUCACCUCUUCCACCCCCAAACUUUGAAUAACAAUGUGUUUGAUAAUCUUGAAAAUAGCUGUUUAAUUUUACCAGAGUAUAUGAAGAAAAAAAUUACA